CUUAUGUCUAAUAUUCCCUUUUAAUGUAAAAUUUCAGAUGCAAAUCUUUGUAAAGACCCUCACUGGCAAGACCAUUACUCUCGAGGUUGAGAGUUCCGACACUAUUGAUAAUGUCAAGGCUAAGAUUCAGGAUAAGGAAGGAAUUCCUCCAGACCAGCAAAGGUUGAUCUUUGCUGGAAAGCAGCUCGAGGAUGGACGCACUCUUGCCGACUACAACAUCCAGAAGGAAUCCACCCUCCACCUUGUCCUCCGUCUUCGUGGUGGCAUGCAGAUUUUUGUGAAAACUUUAACCGGAAAGACCAUAACCCUUGAGGUUGAGAGCUCGGACACCAUUGACAAUGUCAAGGCGAAGAUCCAGGACAAGGAAGGCAUCCCUCCAGACCAGCAGAGGUUGAUCUUUGCUGGAAAGCAGCUCGAGGAUGGACGCACUCUUGCUGACUACAACAUCCAGAAGGAAUCCACCCUUCACCUUGUCCUCCGUCUACGUGGUGGCAUGCAGAUCUUCGUGAAGACAUUGACUGGCAAGACAAUCACCUUGGAGGUCGAAAGUUCUGAUACAAUUGAUAAUGUGAAGGCGAAGAUCCAAGAUAAAGAGGGGAUUCCACCAGAUCAGCAGCGUUUGAUCUUUGCCGGCAAACAGCUUGAGGAUGGGAGGACCCUUGCUGAUUACAAUAUCCAGAAAGAGUCCACUCUACAUUUGGUGCUGCGUUUGAGGGGAGGCAUGCAGAUAUUUGUCAAGACUCUAACGGGGAAGACUAUCACUUUGGAGGUUGAGAGCUCGGACACUAUUGAUAAUGUGAAAGCCAAGAUUCAGGACAAGGAGGGUAUUCCACCAGAUCAGCAGAGGCUGAUUUUUGCUGGUAAGCAGUUGGAGGAUGGCCGUACCCUUGCAGAUUAUAACAUCCAGAAAGAAUCUACCCUUCACCUUGUGCUUCGUCUCCGUGGUGGCUGUUGAGAAGUUAAUUCCGUGUUCGCUUUUAUCUGUUGCGUUUUGCUUCGAUCUCUUUGUUGAACAAUCUUUGAGACUUGUGUUCUUGUUAUGAUGCUGGUUGACUGCUUAAAGACGUGUGUGAAUAUGCCUUAAAGGUAUUUGUUAUGUUUGUUUUCUGUUU